AUGCAUCAAUGUCGUCCUGACACCACCCAGGUCUACCAGCUUGGCCGUGCUUUCACCACCCUGUUCCUCGACGACACCACUGUCAACGUCGCUCGCAGACACGCCCUGCAGCUGAUCCACCUCGAGCAACGCCUUCAUCUCUUUGUCGAGCUUCCGGUUCAGGCUUGGUUCCUCGAGCGACCAAACCUCAUGCACUGGACCAACAGAACCUACUCGUUCAUCCACAUCCCCGGCACGAUCCUCUUCCUGAUCGUCAUGUACUAUAUCUCCACGACUCGCCCCCGGAAGAACCUCCAGAAGACCUCGACAAAGGGCGCAUCGCCCACGAGACUGCAUAGAACUGUCGGUCGGCUGAACCCUGACAUGUACGAGCGGCGGCGGCGAACGAUGGCCAUGUGCAACCUGCUCGCCUUCAUCAUUUUCACGGCCUGGCCGUGCAUGCCUCCCCGCCUGCUGGGUGAUCCCACGUACGAGGGCCCCGAUGCGCCGGAGGCCUUGUCCUAUGGCUUCGUCGAUACCGUGCACAGCAAGGACGGCGAGAGCAGUGUUUGGACCACCAACCGCUUCUGCAACCAAUACGCUGCGAUGCCCUCUCUGCACUUCGGUUACUCGUUUCUCAUCGGAUUGACCGUCGCGACCCUCCCCAUCGAGACCCCUCGUCGUCUGUCCUGGAAGCGCAUUUCUUUGGUCGUCGGGGGCAUGAUCUACCCCGCCAUCAUCCUGUCCGCCAUCGUGGCGACCGCCAACCACUUCGUCCUGGAUGCUGUUGCCGGCGCCAUCGUGUGCAUCACUGCCUGGCACGCAAACGGCUUUUUGCUCAACCUGCUUGCGAUGGAGGAUUGGUUCCUGUGGGUGGUACGGAUCCAUAAGCCGUCCAAGGCCUUGGUUGAUUCGAAGGGAGUACCAUUACGGCUUUGA